AUGCCUCAAGUAAAAGAUGGGGUGGAGGACGUUAGCCGCGCCUACGUACUCUAUAUCACUACUACCAUCUUCACCGCUGGCACAUUGAUAACAACCGCCGCACGAAUUGGGACAAAAUUGAAAUGUAAACUGCGACUGGGAAUUGAUGACUGGCUAAUUAUGCUAGGCGCAGCCCUCAACAUCGUGGCCGAUUGCUUCGACUACAAAGCCACCGCAUCUGGUUUCGGUCGCCAUGCUAUGUUCCUCUCUGAAGAAGACUUAAUCGAAGCCGCAAAAUAUUCACAGUUAGCAGUGGGAGUCGCCAACUGGGCCAUCGGAGUUGUCAAACUCUCUGUCUGUUUCUUCCUACUCAACCUCAUCCGCGGCACACACAAGCGAUUCCGCUGGGCGAUCUAUGUGAUGAUAGCCUUGACUUGCAGCUUCACCUUGAUCGGCGCGAUCCUGUGGGGAACGCAGGCACGGCCGCUUGCAAAACUAUGGGAUCCGCGAAUCCCCGGUACUAGAGGUAGUACGGAAGACUUUCUGAUUGUAGUCUAUAUCGUCUACGCUUUCGGCUGCUUUACAGACGUCUUCUACGCUCUAUCACCAGUUUACUUUCUAUGGUCGGUGCAAUUGGAAUGGAAGAAAAAGUUGCCUAUUAUGUUACUGACAGGUGUUGCGAUGCUUGUAGUAGUCGUUGCUGUCCUGAACAUCAUCUUUGCUCGUGACUUUCUCGACCAAGAAGACAUUACGUGGGCUCUCAUCAACGAAUUUGUUUGUGACAUUAUCGAACGUAACUUCUCAACCAUGGUUGCCAACCUCCCAGCUCUGUGGUUGUUGGUGAUGCGCCUGCGCAGAAGAUAUACCACCUAUCAGAGCAAGGGAUCGCAAAACACUCGCUCAGGCUAUUUACCCCCGCGCCUCGCCAUGAGUCACGUUGACCAGCGGUCCACGGUUACUGGUGGCACUGGCAAAGCCCAGGUUAGCACGCACGCAUUGGAUGGUCAUGAAAUGACUGACUUUAGUGAUAAUUCUCAUUUGCUGCGUAACCUGCCGCAAUAUCCUACUGUUGCUGCUCACCGGAUUCAUGUUCAGACUGACGUAGAAGUCCAAGAUGAGCCUAGGAAUGGCCCAAUGCCCCAAGAUGGCAGACUUGAUGUGUAA